AGGUGCCGAGCCGCCGGGUUGUGGAGAUUACCAAGUUUUGAAAGCUUUCAAGGAUGUUGACUUGAGAGCGAUAGUUGCCCGGUCAACAUUAUUCUCACCGUCAAUGCUACCUCGUAUACGACCACGCAAGCUUUUAACAAUUUAUUUCCCUUGACGCAAUCGAUAUCUGCAGAUUCCUACCGCAAAGAGUUUAUCGACUUGCAUAACCAUCUGUACAUUCUUGAUAGCUUAGGUUUCAGUGAAUGUAUCUUCAUAUACAUUCCUGACGUUUAGCUUCUCAUUGCUCAUAUCACUCACAUCGCUCACAUCUAUGGCUCACGAAGACUCGGAAACGGAUAAUCAUCGGCGUAGGGAUUCCGAGACCCGCCAUAAACGACACAAGAAAAAAAGAUCUAGAGAACAUGGAUCAGCAAGGCCUGCAUCGGGCUCAGAGGGAACGUCGCAGGGUACGGGCCAAAGGCUAUCUAUGAAUGCCCUCGCCCAAUUGAACGAUUUUAAUACCCGAGGCGUUACGCAAGAACCACCUAAAGAGAGGGAACGCAAAACAAGGCGAGACCGAAGUCGGAAACCAGAAUACAAAGCUGUCGAUGUAGAGUACGAUGCACCGAGGAGGAGCCGACGCCCGAGUCGCGAUCAUGGACAAUCAGAAGGGGAAUACAAUGCGCCGAGACGAGAACGGAGACGGAAAGAGGGAUACCGGGAUGGGGAAGGAGGUUAUGAGUCAAGAGGAUAUGAAUCACGGGGUUACGAAUCUCGAGAUAGGGAAGACCAGCGGCGACGGCGACGACAGCGGAAUGCCGGAACCGAAGAUGAGGGAGACAUACUGAAGGGAAAGGGAAAGAAACAUCGCAAGAAAGAUCGAAGAGUGGUUAGUGGUGCCAUUGUAGAAGAAGGAAGAGCAAUUCCAGCAAUUCGAGGUGGCGCCACAAGCAAACAUAGUAGCUAUGACAGUUACGAUAGUAUUGAGAAAGAGAAGGCGAGCAGUCGCUUCGAGUUCAAGCAAUACUGGGGGAACAGAAAGAAGAAACGAUGGAUCAUAGCGGGUAUCGCGCUUGUGGUGCUCAUCAUCAUUAUUGCGGUCGCUGUCGUUGUGAGCAAGAAGAAUAGCUCGAACAACAAUUCAAACAAAUCCAGUCUAAGCGGCGUCUCAGAAGAUAGUAUCCCUGUGGCUGCCCGAGGAACAUAUCUGGAUCCUUUCACAUGGUAUGAAACAACAGACCUCAACGUAACAUAUACGAACGAAACAGUUGGCGAUUUGCCGAUAAUGGGACUUUUCACGGAUUGGGACGACUCCACGGCUGCUAAUGACAAAGUUCCGGCUAUUGAGAAGUCCUGGGGCGACUAUGCUAAGACGCCAGCACGAGGCGUUAAUCUUGGUGGAUGGCUGUCAUUAGAACCUUUCAUUACGCCUUCGCUGUUUAACUACGACAGUAAGCUUAAAAUCAUCGAUGAAUGGACUUUAUGUAGCCACUUGGGUCCCAAGACGGCAGCUUCAACCCUCGAGAAACAUUACGCGACCUUCGUAACGGAACAGACAUUUAAGGACAUCCAAGCAGCAGGACUCGAUCACGUUCGCAUUCCAUAUAGUUACUGGGCUGUACAGACAUACGACGAUGACCCGUACGUUUUCCGUACUUCCUGGCGCUACCUCUUGCGUGGCAUUGAAUGGGCGCGCAAGUACGGAUUGCGAGUGAAUCUAGAUCUUCAUGGCCUGCCUGGUAGUCAGAAUGGAUGGAAUCACAGUGGAAGGCAAGGUGUCGUCAACUGGCUCAACGGUACCAAUGGCGAUUUGAACAGCCAACGAUCACUAGACGUGCACGAUCGUCUAACCAAGUUCUUCGCCCAAGACCGGUACAAGAACAUUAUCACCUUCUACGGACUCGCCAACGAGCCGCGCAUGGUUUCCCUCUCCGCAAGCGCCGUCAUCUCCUGGACAACGCAGGCGUACAACCUCGUGCGCAAGAACGGCGUGAACGCAAACGUCGUGUUCGGCGACGGCUUCAUGGGCCUAGCCAACUGGCAAGGCAAGCUGUCAGGCAUGGAUGGGCUCGUGUUGGACGUGCACCAGUACGUCAUCUUCAACAACGACCAGAUCCUCUACACGCACCAGAAGAAGGUCCAAUACGCCUGUAACGGCUGGACCGAACAGACGGAGCAGAGCAUGAACACUGCGACAGGCUUCGGCCCUACUAUGUUCGCGGAGUGGUCGCAGGCCGACACGGACUGCACGCAGUACCUGACGAACGUGGGCUGGGGCAACCGGUGGACGGGGACGUACGACUCAGGCAACGUGUCGACGCAAGCGCUCACGCCGCUCUGCCCGACCAAAGACAGCACGUGCACGUGCGACGGCGCGAACGCGGACCCGAGCAAGUACAGCAGCGCGUACAAGCAGUUCCUCAAGAUGUUCGCCGAGGCGCAGAUGGUCUCCUUCGAAAAGGGCUGGGGCUGGUGGUACUGGACCUGGGACACCGAGAGCGCGCCCCAGUGGAGCUACAAGAAGGGCCUCGCCGCUGGCAUCCUCCCCGCCAAGGCCUACGAUAAGGACUUCAACUGCGAUAGCGACGUCCCCGACUUCUCGGGGCUUAGCGAAACAUACUGAACUGA